AUGCAAUUUGAGAGACGCCUCUCUGAACUCAAUCGGAGUAACUCUGAACAGCUCCUGCCGGCGGGAUCCACUCGAGGACAUGUAGUUAAAUUUAUAAUAACUAUUUCUCUAUCUGUCUGUCUGUCUGUCUCUGUCUAUCUAUCUAUCUAUCUGUCUGUCUGUCUAUCUAUCUAUCUGUCUGUCUGUCUAUCUGUCUAUCUGUCUGUCUGUCUAUCUGUCUAUCUGUCUAUCUGUCUGUCUGUCUGUCUAUCUCUAUCUCUAUCUCUGUCUGUCUCUGUCUGUCUGUCUCUCUCUGUCUGUCUCUCUCUGUCUGUCUCUCUCUAUAUGUCUCUCUCUAUAUGUCUCUCUCUAUAUGUCUCUCUCUCUCUCUCUUUGUCUCUAUCUCUCUCUCUCUCUCUCUUUUACUGCAAUCACAAGUGUUCGAUCACUUUCAAGAAAAGGAGACUAUCGAUUUGUCCGAUUUAUCUCCCACUUUCAGAUUCUUCUUCAUAUUUUCGUAACGCUUCUGCUGAGCCAUUGUUUUUGUCCGUCUCUCUUAUUUAUGCUUUUUCUCUCUGUGCCUUGAUUACUACGCAACGUUGCAACCCUGUUGCUAAAUCUAUUGCUAUAUUCAUAGAAAUUAUCCAGAAUUAUCUCUCCUCUUUAGUUUACAGUGAGGAAACGUCAUGCAUUUUCGCUGAUCCGAAUCACCAGAUUUCCUCGAUAAUUAUUACUGGAGGUAAUAACAGACAGGAAACAGUUUUGACUGUAAUUCAUAUCUAUCUAUGUCUCUACUUAUCUAUCUAUCUAUCUAUGUCUCUACUUAUCUAUCUAUCUAUCUAUCUAUCUAUGUCUCUACUUAUCUAUCUAUCUAUCUAUGUCUCUACUUAUCUAUCUAUCUAUCUAUGUCUCUACUUAUCUAUCUAUCUAUCUAUCUAUCUAUGUCUCUACUUAUCUAUCCAUCUAUCUAUGUCCCUACUUAUCUAUCCAUCUAUCUAUGUCUCUACUUAUCUAUCCAUCCAUCUAUGUCUCUACUUAUCCAUCCAUCUAUCUAUGUCUCUACCCCAUCUAUCUAUCCAUCCAUGUCUCCCACUUAUCCAUCCAUCCAUCCAUGUCCCUACUUAUCCAUCCAUCCAUCUAUGUCCCCACUUAUCCAUCUAUCCAUCUAUCCAUGUCCCCACCAUCCAUCCAUCCAUCUAUCUAUGUCUCUCUUAUCCAUCCAUCUAUCUAUCUAUGUCUCCCACUUAUCUAUCCAUCCAUCCAUGUCCCCACUCAUCCAUCUAUCUAUCCAUGUCCCUCUGUCCCCACUUAUCCAUCUAUGUCCCACCAUCUAUCCAUGUCUCCACUUAUCUAUCUAUGUCCCUACUUAUCUAUCUAUCUAUGUCCCCUACUUAUCCAUCCAUCUAUGUCUCUACUUAUCUAUCUAUCCAUGUCCCUACUUAUCCAUCCAUCCAUGUCCCUACCCAUCCAUCUAUCCAUGUCUCUACUUAUCCAUCCAUCUAUGUCUCCACUUAUCCAUCCAUCCAUGUCCCUACUUAUCCAUCCAUCCAUGUCCCUACUUAUCCAUCCAUCCAUGUCCCUACCCCAUCCAUCCAUCUAUGUCUCAUCCUUAUCUAUCCAUGUCCACUUAUCCAUCCAUCUAUCCAUGUCCACCUUCUAUCUAUCUAUCUAUCUAUCUAUCCACUUAUCUAUCUAUCUAUCUAUGUCUACUUAUCUAUCUAUCUAUCUAUGUCUACUUAUCUAUCUAUCUAUCUAUCUAUCUAUGUCUACUUAUCUAUCUAUCUAUCUAUGUCUCUACUUAUCUAUCUAUGUCUCUACUUAUCUAUCUAUCUAUCUAUGUCUACUUAUCUAUCUAUCUAUCUAUGUCUACUUAUCUAUCUAUCUAUCUAUGUCUCUACUUAUCCAUCCAUCCAUCUAUGUCUCUUAUCCAUCUAUCUAUCUAUGUCCCUACUUAUCCAUCUAUCUAUCUAUCCCCACCUAUCUAUCUAUCUAUCCAUCCAUAUGUCCCUAUCUAUCUAUCUAUCCAUCUCACUUAUCCAUCUAUCUAUCCAUGUCCCUACUUAUCUAUCUAUCCAUCUAUCUAUCCUCCACUAUCCAUCUAUCUAUCUAUCUAUCUAUCUAUCUAUCUAUGUCUCCCACCCUAUCUAUCUAUCUAUCUAUCUAUCUAUCUAUCUAUGUCUCUACUUAUCUAUCUAUCUAUCUAUCUAUCUAUCUAUCUAUCUAUGUCUCUACUUAUCUAUCUAUCUCUCUACGUAUCUAUCUGUCUCUACGUAUCUAUCUAUCUAUCUGUCUCUACGUAUCUAUCUGUCUCUACGUAUCUAUCUAUCUGUCUCUACGUAUCUAUCUAUCUGUCUCUACGUAUCUAUCUAUCUAUGUCUCUACGUAUCUAUCUAUCUAUGUCUCUACGUAUCUAUCUAUCUAUCUGUCUCUACGUAUCUAUCUAUCUAUCUGUCUCUACGUAUCUAUCUAUCUCUACGUAUCUAUCUGUCUCUACGUAUCUAUCUAUCUGUCUCUACGUAUCUAUCUAUCUGUCUCUACGUAUCUAUCUAUCUGUCUCUACGUAUCUAUCUAUCUGUCUCUACGUAUCUAUCUAUCUGUCUCUACGUAUCUAUCUAUCUGUCUCUACGUAUCUAUCUAUCUGUCUCUACUUAUCUAUCUAUCUAUCUGUCUCUACUUAUCUAUCUAUCUAUCUGUCUCUACUUAUCUAUCUAUCUAUGUCUCUACUUAUCUAUCUAUCUAUGUCUCUACUUAUCUAUCUAUCUAUGUCUCUACUUAUCUAUCUAUCUAUCUAUGUAUGUCUCUACCUAUAUUACACCGUAUACUCAUCUAUCUAUCUAUCUAUCUAUCUAUCUAUCUAUCUAUCUAUCUAUCUAUCUAUCUAUCUUAUAG